AAUAGCCUUGCGUAUUAUAACAUCUAUCUAGUAUCGCUAGUUUUUAUACGUCUUGUUAGUCGCAGAUUAUAACACUCCUUCGAAAGGAAUUGUCGGGUUUUCUGCAAAAAGCGUGAAAAAGCUGAGGAAAAAAAUAAUGGAUAUUUCCAAAGCCAAAUUCAGCUUCCAAGGCGAAACACACGAUGGAAAGCAACCACCCAUCAAAAUCGCCUUUCUGGGCACUCGACAUCCGCACGUAAUGUAUCGCUUUGCAGUCCUCGACAAAAUUGGUGGGUUCGAGUUUUCCGGUUUUUAUGAGGAAGAGGACGAAAUUGCCACAGGAAUCGCUAAGAGACUGCCACGUUUACCACGCUUCAACAGCGCAGAGGAACUGUUAAACACAAAUCCGGAUGUCGUCAUGAUUCAUUCCUUGGACCCGGAUGUGCCUCGAUGGGCUCGUUUUUCUAUCGAUCAUCCUGCUCCUUUCAAGGGCUUGUUUUUGGAGAAGCCCGGUGCGGCUGAUCCAGUUGAUUUCUAUAAAUUAGCUGAAGAAAUCGAAACAAAAAGACCGGGUCUUGCGGUAGAGCUAGGCUAUGAAAUGCACUAUUCAGAAGCAUUAGACUUUGCACGUAAAGUCAUCCGAGAAGGCGUUUUGGGAGAUAUCACCACGGCACGAUUCCACGGCGGUUGUCCGUCAGGUGCUGGGAUGGAUCUGUGGCAGUCUAUUCCGGAAGACCUAGGUGGAAUAAUGCAGACAGAGGGCUGUCACACCUUGGAGAACGUUAUUGACAUGUUUGGAGCCCCCGAGCGAGUGGUUUCCUCUAUCCGGAAACUUCCCGAGCGACCACCACACCCUGUCGUCGGAUGGAUUCCAGAUCUAUUUACAGGAACUGUGUCAACGGGUAAAUUUGGAGUUGGCACUUUACUGUAUGAAGAUGUUUGCUCUGGAAUUAUGGAGUACCCGGACAAAACCAUUGUUUUGGAUAUGACUGCUUGGGAGCCGACAGAGUGGUGUAAUGAGUGGGCAAUAGAUGUCUACGGGACGAAUGGUUCUCUGCACGCUGUGCCGGACUAUCCGGUUGCAACUUUGUAUUUGCGUGAGGCUCGGGGUAGUUUCGCUGCAGGAGAGACCAAGCUGUCGACUGAACUCCCACACGGCACCUCCAACGUGCCCUCAUGCUAUCGCAGACAGUUUAAGUCUCUGUUUACGCGGGUCCGAGGAGAGCAGCCAGAGGAUGGGUGUUGCGAUUUGCAAACGAAUGUGCAAAUCCUAAAGGUUAUCGAUGCUUUCUACAAGUCGGCCAGUUCAAAGCAGUGGAUAGAUGUAUAGGCAAUGGUGAUAAAUUCGAG